AUGGAAAACUCCUAGUUGGAUGAAAUCAACAAGAUACCUUACGAGGUGAUAACAGACAGAUCUCUGAGCACUUAGGAUCAUUUAUUCAAGCUUAUCAUCAUUGGAGACACGGGUGUAGGUAAAAGUUGCCUAAUGAAGAGAGUGAUGGACAACGAAUUCAAAACUGAACAUUAAGUAACAAUUGGAGUAGAAUUCGGUUCAUUCGGACUUAAAAUCGACAAUAAAAUCAUCAAAUUGCAGAUCUGGGAUACCGCGGGUCAGGAAUCAUUCAAGUCGGUGACUAGAAUCUUUUACAGAGGAGCACAUUGUGUAUUUCUGACAUACGAUGUCACCAGAGAUGAAACUUUCAUUAACUUAUUGGAAUGGCUUAAGGAGAUCAAAUAACAUGCGAGUGAAGAUGUUAGAGUCUACCUGAUCGGUAAUAAGGCUGAGUUAGAGGACUAGAGAGAAGUUACUUUUGAGAGAGCGAUGGAGUUUGCUAGAGAACAGAGAAUUCAUAAGACUUUUGAGACUAGUGCCAAGACAGGAUUCAAUGUCGAGGAAGUGUUCUCAUGUGUUGCCAAAGAACUUUAUCUACAAGUAAAAAAGGAGUUCGAGAUGUAAUUAGCAACCGACACUUCUACUCAGAAAUAAAGUACAGAUACUAACUAGCCUCCAAAGGGCAAGUAGUUAAAAGCAGAUCCUAAAGGUAAAAAGGGCGAGAAAAAGAAGGGAGGUUGCUGUUGA